GGCAACCGAGUGGAGACAUACCGGGAGCUGGAGAACAUCUUGCAGGGAGAUGGCGGCUGUUUGAUGAGCGGUGUCGUGAACCGCCUGAUAGCCGAGGCAUUCAGUGACAUGCGAGCAGCCCAGGGUGUGACACGUGACACGAAGAUGGCUGCUAGCGAUUUCCUGGUGGCUCUGGCCCGCUCCCACUUCCACGUUGUCAUGUCCGAGCUCCAGAGCCACCUGAAGGCCAUGGUGAAAGACCCUGAUGAGAUGGUGCUCCUCACCUUGGGCAAAAUGGCCCACAGCUACGCCUCGCGGUGCAUCCCCUUCAUGGGAAUGACGCUGCUCGCCCUGCGCGCCAUGAUGGGCCAGGUGGGGAGCGGCCGGAUCCUGCACGCCGUCUGCAGUGUUCUGGAGCAGUGGUCAAAAGGAGUCAAUACCCACUUCAGCAACCACGAGCAACGCCCCUUCCCUCGCGAGCGGCUGGAACAGUUCUGCGAAGCCAUUUAUCCGGUCUUCCGCUACGCAACUGUGAACUGGCUGGACGGCAAGGAGGAAGAGGACAAGCAAGCCGUUCUUGGGGCAGUGGCUGCCAUGAUGGAGAUGCUUCUGCAUGAGGACCAGCACCGAGAGUAUGCCUGGGAGCAGCUCCUCUUGCUCCUGCACCUGUAUCAGGAGGUCCAAGACACCUCCAAGGUCACUGAGAGCCUCAGCUAUGUCCUGGAGAUGCUGGAGAGAGUUCAAACCCCGCUCGCACAGGGCACGGCUCUGGCCAUCAGCACAGCUGUGCACCACCAGCUCUCUGAUGUGUCUAAAAAACCUGGCCCAGCCCAUGAGGCAGUGCUGUCUCGCUGCAUCGUGCUGCAGGCACAAGUCUACCCCGAGGAGACAGUUGUGUUCCUGCAGUCGCAGCUGAGCAGUGGAUACGAGGCCGGUCGUGUGGCAGCCCUGGGCCUGCUGAGAGCACUGCUCCACUCUGACGCACCUGCAAUGAGAGAGAUGCUGCCCCGGGUAGUGGAGGCCGUGUGGUCGGCGUGCCGUGACCCCAGCGCCCAGAGGACAGGAGGCCUUUUUGCCUGGGAAAACCCGGAGGAUGGAGCUAUUCGAGCCCUGUGCAUGGACAUCCUGGGCUCACUGGAUGUCUCUCGGAGAGGGAUGACCAAACUCCUGUGGCUGAGGCUGCUGCAAUACGUGGUGCCAGCCCAGUACAACGGGAUGCUGAUCCCGCUCUCCCGCUGUCUCCAGGCUCUGGCUGAGAGACAGAAGAGAGUGGGGUGGAAGGAAGAAGAGGAGGAGUCUGGUGCCAUGGACUCCCAGGAGCAAGCCCAGCUGCCAACUCCCCAGGCCCUGCUGGCUCGACUAGUGGUGAGUAGUGGGGCCCUGGGGAAAGAGCUUUUCUGGCCGGCCAGUGCUGUGCUGGUGCAGCUGCUCUCCUCCCUCAGCCCUGUGUGGGGCAUUGGAGCCCAGCUGCCAACUCCCCAGGCCCUGCUGGCUCGACUAGUGCCCAUUGAAGACAAGCCUUGGACCGUGGCCCUGAGCAAGGAGCUGAGCCAGCAGCUGGGCAGCUCUGUCCCCGACUCCCGGCAGAAGUGCCUGGCUGCAGCCUGGCCCCGCGGCGAACUUCACCUGCUGCCCGGCACUGCCGGGUCACACGUCCAGGGGGGGGUGCUGAGGUUCCUCCUGGAGACAAACCCUGUGGAGCUGUCUGAGGCCCAGGGAAUGAUUUCUGUUGUGUCCUACACUGCCGAGAUCCACUUCCACCUGGUCUUGGACACUGUGACUAUGUUCUCUGCCUCUUUAACCAGAAACUGGCUCUGUCAGACUUCCCCGGGCCAGAAGGGACAGCAGCGGCAGAAGACAGAGAGAGCCCAGGCCCUUCGUGCCGUUCUCAUGCGCACCUACAGUGGCAUCGCGCUGCAUGCCCCCAAGGAGCAGCUGCUCACCCGCGUGGAUGCAGAAAUCAUGGGCAACAUCCUGCGACUCUCCAGAGUGAAACAGAGGGACUGGCAGCUCAAUCUUGCCCUGGUGCAGAGCAUCACUGAGGUCUGCUGCGCCAUCCAGGCUGUGGGCAACUGCGGCAGCUUCGAGCUCUCCUUGAAGCAGAAGACGACACGGACCCUGCUGGACUGCAUAAAGACGGAGACCUCGGACUCCGUGGUGUACGGAGCGUUUCAGGCCCUGGAGGAGUUGAGCAAGCUGAGGCCACCUCUGAGCAGGAAGGAAAAUCGCAACCUGCUGGCAGUGUGCUGCCAGAGUGUCCUGUCCUAUCCUUCCAAGCAGCAGAUAGACAAGGGAAGGAAGACAGCGAGGGCAACCGCGAACAUGCAGCUUCUGCACGGGAGAGGCACGGAAGAGCUGAGCCAUCUCAUAGAAACCCUUCUGGAGGCAGAGGGGACCUCUACCUGCCUCGACGACGUGGUCCAUGUCCUGAAGGGCUGGCUCACCUCAGCCAAAGAAUGGGAGCGGGAGAGAGCCCUGCGGGUUUGCGCCCAUGUGCUGGGAUCUUGCAAGGAGCGAUUUGAGCUCAUGAGAGGACGUCCUUGCAAGCAGUUCGGCUCCCUGGUGGGACUGCUGGGGUGUUUGUCCUGCAAUAGCAUGCGCACGUCCCACCAGAGAGUCUGGCUCUGCCUCGGCUACCUUCUGCAAAUGCAAGCCAAGACCAUGAAGGUGGUGCCUCAGGCAGAUGAGAUCAGGUGCCUCUGUGAGAAGCUGAACAGCCCAGACACCGAGACUCUGGCGAACACCUGUACCAAGAUAGCAAAGGCUGUUUGCAAAUGCAUCCCCCCAGCACAGGCUAUGGACUUCCUGACUGCUGUGCUGGAGAGCUUUCUGCAUGUCACACCCACAAGUGCAAGAGCGGUGUGGAAGUGGGUGUUCGUCUUCCUGGUGGAAUGCAGAAAGGAAAUACUCAAGGAGGUGCCAAAAAUCCUGAACACCCUUUGCAACUACAUGCAGCAGAGCACCUACAGGACCUUUGUCCCCUGUGCGGUGUGUAUCCUCGCCCGCUUUCACCAGCAGCCCGUGAUCAGCAGUCUCCUCCGGAAAGGUCUGCCCGUGGACAGUGACAUGGUGGAGCUGUGGAGCAGCCUGGGGAGAAGCAUCUUUGGGAUUAAGAUCCUGAGGUGCUUAGUGGAGAAACUAAACAGAGCAGGAAACAACCACCUGCAGACUGUCUCCUCCGCUUGUGAGCAGCUCAACCGUCAGACCUCUCUGGAGACUCUGACGAUCACCCAUGCCAUCUGCAAGGUGGUGCUUGCCCUGAAGAGCACUGAAGAGCUCAGGAAGCUGCUUCCCCACCUCCUUCCCAGCCUCCUGAGGUGGGCCAGUGAAACGCUGGGCGAGGAGAGGCUGGUUUCCUGCUGGAGACAACUGUACCUUGAGGGCCAGAUGCUCGAGAAGAAACCGUGCAGGAUUUUCCUUUCAGCUAUAGAGUUGGUGCUAGGCAAAUGCAUGGCAUGGAAAUGGAUGCAGCUGCUCGUGAAUCGGGCAGUGUGGGCUCGCCUGGAAGACCCCCUGGCUCACCCUGAGGGGGUGGGUCUCCUGACCAGCGUCCUGCUCAGCGCUGGGCUCAUCUCCCCCAGUCUGGUGAAGAACCUCUCACCAUGGCUGGAUUCCUGCUCAGUUAAGCUGCGGGUGACAGCUAUAGCUUUCUUUGCUGAG